UAUCCAAAUUUCCCAAAACACCACUUAUAUCCAUGUUUUAAAGUUGUUCUUUGCCAAACAUAUCCAUUUCCGUUAAAUACUUUGACAGCGUUAAUAACUCCGUCAACAUAGCUAACGGCAAGCUGACUGGGCGCCAACUAAGCAGACACGUAAGCGUCAACUAUGCCAAACGUGACACGUAAUAAAUUAAAAAUCAUUUUAAAUAAUUCCCCCCACCAUAUACCCACUCACGAAGAGCACGACCAGAAAAAAAUUUCCGCUUUUGUGUUUAGGGUUCGCACCCUGGCGGCGAUUGAACCUCCUCCUGUCGACUGAAUCUCCUCCCGACGAUUGAAGCUCCUCCGUCCGACUGAAUAUACUCCCUGGAUAGUCUGCUACCAUUCCCUCUUGAGAUUCACCAGGCCUUUAUCCACAUCUCUUCUCAGAUCUGUCUUCUUUUAUGACUACUCAUCUUCUCGCCAUCGUUUAGUCGAUGUCCAAUCUCUAGCAACAUGGAUUUUAGCCUAUUAAUUUUGAUAUGAUAUGAAGUAGGGGGUUUGAAGGAGCAUGCCGCCAUUUCUCCAAUUCUUCCCCUGCCUCUUCUUCCCCCUCCGCCGUACCGUAUCACCAUUGUUAUCGGUGACAACACCCUAACUCGACAUAUCUACGAUUCGCGGUGAGGAAGCUCUCAAAUCAAAGUUUUCUCCCAUCAUUCCCCUUCCUCUCCUUCCACCUCCGACGCACCCAACCACUAUUAUUAUUAGCGGCGACGACUUGGGAUUCUGGCCAGGCCGAUGUAGAUAAACAAGAGGCAGUUGCGGCGGGAGAUGAUAGAUAGCUAAUAGUUUGAUUUGAUGUUAAUGGUCGAUCUCUGGGAACUUCGAUUCACUUUCUGAUUUGAUGGAUAUGAAUGGGGUUGCUGAGUUGUGGCAUCGACAAGGUAAGGGAUUCAAGAGGAUGGAAAAAUCAAAAGAAUGAAGCUUGGUAGGAAAAGAGGGGAAGUUGGUAGAAAAAAGGAGAAGGGUAGAAAGUUAGGUCGAGACGAGGGGUGAGGUCAGAUGUGUGGUUUGAAAUUUUUAUUGUUUAAUUUUUAAAUUAAGUUAAUCAGCAAUCCACGUGGAUAAUUACAGGGGAAUUGGGAAAUAAGCGUUCGCCACGUAAGCACCACCGUUUGUCUAGUUAGACUUAACGUUAACACCGUUAAAGAAUGUGAUGGAAUUGAAUAUAAGUGGUAUUUCGGGAAAUUUGAAUAUUAUUGACACAACCAUAAAUUUUUUGGAUAUACAAGUGUAUUAAACCUUAUUUGAUUGGAUAUAUCAUUUGAGGAUGGGUGUUUGACGAUUCUCUCUUCAAAGUAGUACUACCUUUGCCAAGAAUAGAAACCCUUUCCCAUAACUGGGGUGUAUAAGUGACAUAAUAUACAACAACAAAAAAACCCUACAACUUCUCAGAUUACUUGUGGGCAGUAUAUUUUACAAAAUUUUCAAGUGGGGAUUGAUUUGUUAUAUCAAUGAAGUGAAUUAUUGUUGUCUAGGGUAUCAUUUUUUACUAUUACGAAAGUACAAGGAUGAAGUUGAAUUUUUUUUCUUUAAAAUCAUUAUUUGUAUAACAGCUAGCCUCACCAUUAUGUAUUGGACUGGUUCCGAUCGAGCCUCAUUUGUUCUUUUAUUUCUGGUUCAAUCCUAUUCUGAUUCGGUUUGGCUUUGGCUUUGGAUUGAAUCGAGAGAUGCUCACCCCAUUCUUCUUGAGUAUGAUUGGUAUUGAGUAAAGUUACCAUGGCUAGUAUUAUAUCAGCAUUUCUAUUAUGCUUUUAAAGUAUUGAUAUUUUGGAAUAUAAGUUGAAGUUGUAACAUAAUAGAAUUCGUACCUUUAUGUUAUGGCAGAGGCUGAACUAGACCGUAAUAAGGGUUUCAUGGUACCCCUUAUAUUUGGAGAAAAGCUCAAAAUAGUAGUAGUAUUAGUUAGUUAAUAAUGAUAUUUAAAUUCUGAAUUUCAAUAUCAAUCAUCAAAUCUUCUACCGUUAAACCACGACAAACUGUAUAAAUUAAUUUCAUCUACUAAUUUAUACAUUAAUACAUUCUGGUUUAUCAAGAUGUAUAAGAGAUGCAUAUUAUUUUGAUUAGGAUCGGAAGAGGCCCAUAUUAUUAGAAUACAUUAUUAACUUUUUAUGACGAUAGUCGUAAGAGAGAUUUAGUUCUCAUCAAUGUAUUUGCAUGUGAAAAAUAGAUGUGAUUUGCUACCGUCAUUUAUCAAUGCACAAUUUAGUAACAUUUUAUGCAAUGAAACGAUUGACCAACCUUCACAUCUAGUGAACUAACAUUGUGAAUGGUUAUUUGGUGGGAUACAUUAAGUGUGAAAUCUUGAUAGUUUGACCAAUUCAUAUAGUUAUAAAAUGAUUUCACAAUAUGAAACAUGGGACUGCACAUGUAUUUUUUUAUGGCACCCCCUUGUUAAAAUCCUAGCUACGCCACUGGUUAUGGUACAAGUUGAAGUUGUACCAUAAUAUAAAUGUACAAAUUUAGUUUAAGAAUUUGUACAAAAGAGUAUAAGUACAACCUAAAGUUCUACCUUUAAAGAUACAUCUCAAUUUGUACCAUAAAAAUAAAUAAAAAACUAAAGCACCAAAUGCCUUAAAGCAUCAUAAAAUCCUCAGUAUUAUAUAGAACUUGUUAUAGAUUCAUAUUCUGUAUUAGAAUACUAUAUAGAGAUUAAUUAGUUAUUUAAGAGCUAUUGUAUAAGUCUAUUAUUUACUCUACAUAAAGCACUUGCUGUUUCAAUAAGUAGUAUGACAUAACAAUUCACAUCGAAUUCUAAUUUAUUGGCGUUAACGAUGUACGUAAUUUGGGACUUUAGAGGUAUUCGUCAAAUCUCAUAUGUACGUGGACGCAUAAAUGGCUAACCCUACUAAAGCUCUUUUAACUGGAAAAAAUCACAAAGUGCACAUGUUCUAAAAAAAAAAUCCCAAAAUACAUAAGUUAUAAAUUUUUUUUCCAAAACUACACAUGUUUGGCAUUCACCGUUUUUGACAAACGCAGUGAAUAUAUUCACCGUGUUUGACAAAAGCGGUGAAUAAUUCACCGUUAAAAAAAAACGGUGACGUAUUCACCGUUUUAAUCUAAAACGGUGAAGUACCAGCGAGGCAAUCACCGUUUUAGACUGAAACGGUGAAUCAAUCACCGUUUUAAUAAAAAGCGGUGAUCAUUAGAUCGCUGUGAUUGGCCACGAUGAAGCGAAGCGGAUCGCUGACGUGGACAAACGCGGUGUAUUCACCGCGUGAGACAAACACAGUGAAUACCCCGUGUUUGUUUGCGUCAACGAUCCGCGUCGCUGCCGCGUUCACCGUCGCCGUUGGAUGCGGUGAGGCGCGGAUCGUGGUUUUCUUCCCAGAUCUGACGCCUCACGCUAAGCCACGUCACUCGAUCCGCGCCUCAUUCACCGUUUUCUUUUAACGCAGUGACUUCACCGCUGUAAACUAACGCGGUGAAUGCUCCACUUUUUCCUUCGACAGAUCCCUUCCCCCACCUAUAAAUAGACCCUUCCCCCACCACGUACAACUCACACCACAACCAUUUCACUUCUUUCUCCCUCAAUUUAUCCGCUCUAGUCUCGUUCUAAGUAUGCUCUGUGGUUGCGGAUAAAUCCAAUCUUCCACAUCAGAAAAAAUUACUAGAGUUUGACCCUAAAGCCCCCGUCCCGCUAAGGUCCCGUCCCUUGCAAAUCUGAACCCUUCGAACCUCUGUCCGGCUUCUGCCAAAAAAUGGACGAAGAGGCUCUUCGUGUAGGUUUUUUUGUGUUCUUAUUUUUACUAGUAAAAAUUUGAUUUUGUG